CUUGUGGAUGUCCUAGCACCCACCAGGGAACAAACUGUGAAACAGAGAUUGACCCCUGCGAUGCAGCACCCUGUCAAAAUGGAGGAACAUGUUCUUCGAGUAACUCUGUUUACUUAUGUCAGUGCCCAAACACGCAUGAAGGGUCAAACUGUGAAGUUGCUAAGUCUGUAUGCAGUGUAACGGAAUGUGCUACGAGUGAAACAUGUAAUCCUGAAACAAACACAUGUGAAUGCAGUGGAAAUCUUGUUAGACGGCCUAACGGGCGAUGUAGAAGACCUCGUACUAUAUCGAUCUUCAUCGCUAUCGUGAUCAUUGACGAUAUCACAUCUUUCGAUGACAUCAUUAAUAAUCCUGAAUCACCAACCGCCUUAGCCAUCAGACAACGCAUUGUGCUCAUGUUGUAUGGUAUCUACCGGCGUCGAUAUGGCAAUCUCUUCUACGGCAUCGUCAUAAAUUCCUGGCGACUUGGAAGUCUUGAAGUCGAUACAGACGCCAUGUUUAUUGACCCAGACAAUGCUACGUCGGUACAAACGCCUACACCAGGAGAAGUAGCUGAGGUAUUCACAGAUGGUAUAUCCAAUGGUAAUACUACAUAUGGUAUUACAGUAGAUGACUCGAGAACGGUCGCUUCAGAUAAGGACGAGUGUUCUAACAGUACCUUGAAUGACUGUAGCCAGAAUGCAGAGUGUACAAACACUGACGGUAGUUACGACUGUACCUGUCUUCAUGGGUAUACGGAUACAAGCACUACAGGAUCAGAAGCAGGCACUCAGUGUGAAGUUGUAGCUUACGGUCUAAGCGAUGGAGCCAUAGUCGGUCUGGCUGUUGGUAGUGUCAUCGUCGUCAUGUUGAUCGUCAUCCUCUCCGUCUGCUCUCUCGUUGCGAUGCGUCGUAUCAUGUAUCGACGAAGACUGGCAGUGGAGUCGCCUAACAAGCUGGGUACGAUGAGAGAAGCCAGGCGGCCAAUCGACUACGGACACUACAGAGAUCGUGAUUCGAUGGGCGAUCACCGCCCCGAUAUGGAGAUGGGCUCGAAAUCAGGCUAUGAUGAGGGGCCUUACUACUCUCGAGCGCACGAUAAUGAUGGAUUUAUUCGAGGCUACCUAGCGACAGGAAAGAAUGGCUCGGCUCAUGGCAAACACUCCUGGAAUCAUGCAGACAGACGUGCCGAUGGAUUAUUCUAAAUGAUGGUGGC